GAUUUAUUCAAUUUAUGAAAUGAUUGAUUUACAUUUUGCCAUUGUUUUCCCUGAGCCCCUGUGAAGAACCUCUGGUUUUACAAAAUGCUAAAUACGCUGUACUUACCAUUUCAAUAUUCUGUCACUGAAUAAUUUUUUGUAGGUGUCACAAUUCAAGACGCAACUUUCAUCAGCCACACUCGUGUGUCUGGAUGGUAACAUUCCCACCUCAACCAUCAACUAUGUUUGUUGCUUUGCUGAAAAGCGCAACAUAAAUGUUUGGUAUGAACCGACCGACUCAGAAAAGGCUUGUAAGCCUUUCCUUUCAAAUGCCUGGAAGUCUUUGUCCUAUUCAUCUCCGAACCUGGCAGAGCUGUGCACCAUGAAUAAAACACUGGGUGUCAAAACACCUGAAGUGCUGCCGAGCACACUCGACGAGACGCUCAGUGUUGCUGUGGCUCUCUCGCGCCCUCUUCUGGAACAUCUUCACUGCCUGGUGGUGACUCUAGGGGCUAAUGGCGUGUUGCUGUGUGGAGAGUAUGAUGAAGGCACAGUCAACUUGCAGCCAAGAAAACAGAAGAGGAAGAGGCAGCUUUGUGGUCUCCACUACCCAGCACUUGCUGUGACCCCAGAGGAGAUAAUGAAUGUGUCGGGAGCUGGAGAUAGUCUUGCAGGUGCCUUAAUGGCAGGGAUUGUCCUGGGGAAAGACACAGACAGCUGUGUUCGGAUGGGACUCUUGGCUGCAAGGACAUCUCUGGCAUCCCUGCACCCCAUCGCUCCAAUGCUCACUUUAGAUGCUGUAAACCCCAACAAAGUCCACACUCAGACCUGGCCCAAACCAAGCCUUGUGUGGAUUGAUUAAAAAAAAAAUAAAAAAAAUUGUGUUAGCUUUGUAAUAUUCUUAUGGAAACUGUGUGUAUUGUGACCGAGGAAACUAUAAAGAACAAAAGAAAAAUUAUUGAAUUCUAAUUUUCCUUGAUUAUUAAUGUUCUGAAAUAAUUGUAUCUUGCAAAAUAUGUCAAGCAGCUUUGUUAAUUUUAUACAGCCAUAUGAUAACCAAGUUCAAUAAACAGAUUAUAAAAAAUUAUGAAUU